AUGUCGAAGACGUUUAGCAUUGGAUUGCUACUCUGCAUCUGCACGCUAGGAAAUGCCAUGCCUGCGGGGAACUUCCGGAAUACCAGCCGGAAUUCAAAGGUUACCUCUCGCUCAUUGAAGUUCGAUCCGGAACUCUCGCAAGAGUCCCCGUUUCCCCUGACGAACCUGACUGAAGAUGCCAUGGAAGUGAUCGCGAGUCUCAAGAACGAUCUCCUGUCAUCCGACGUGAACUCCCUAACUGAUUCGGAGGAUUCCGACGAGAGCCACGCAUCCGGAUCGGUGAACUAUCCCCGCGUGAAUCUGACCUCGGGUCUCUGGAACGGUAAGUGGCUGGAGGUGCCUGAACUGCAAACCGGGGUCGAAACCUUCUUCGGUGUGCGUUACGCUCAGCCGCCCGUCGGAGACCUCCGGUUCAAACAUCCCAUGCCAAUCGCGUACAUCGGAGAACGAAACGCUACGGUCAUGGGUCCCGCCUGUAUCCAAAGGGACGAAUUUUUCAUCCGGCGCAACAUGUCGUACAGGUUCCACCCGAUGUCCGAAGAUUGUCUCCACUUGAACAUUUACAAACCGAAAAACGCUCGCGGACUCCCGAUAGCUCUCCACUUUUUCGGGGGCAGUUUCUACGGUGGCUACAACGGGCAUUACAUCCACGAUCCAGAACAGCUCGUCGCCCAGGAGAAAGUCAUCGUGGUGACGGCCAACUACCGAGUGGGUCCUCUCGGUUUCCUGUACCUGAACAGCAGUCACGCUCCCGGGAACGCCGGGAUAUACGAUAUGCUCCUCGCUGCGAGAUUCAUCAAACAGAACGCCGAGGCACUCGGUGGAGACCCGGAGAAACUCACCCUAUGGGGACAGUCUGCAGGUGCCAUCGCGGUGUCGAUGUUGAUGAGCAGUCCUCUCGCGGAGGGAUUAUUCAACCGGGCCAUCUUACAGAGCGGAUCGGCUCCGUCUGCGGCGUUAUCACUGCACAUGAACAGUGCCUCGAACGGAAUCUAUGCGGCUAGUGUUCUCGGCUGCCGUAGCUCGGCAGACGAAGUCGACGAGCGCGAUAUCGACGAGAUUGCCACAUGCAUGAAGCUCAUCGAUGGUAAAAAAUUCUUCGACACACUGCAGAGUGCGGCUGGAGAUCAGUUCCUGGUCAACUUCCAAGCCAUGGCUGGAAUCGAUGAUUUGAUACCCGAAUACCCGUUCCGCGGAGCCCAGAGUAAACUAAACGCAGGAAUCGAAGAAGUCCUCAUCGGAACCAUCCAGAACGAAGGAGGAAUGUUCGCGAAUAGCGCCAUGGAAAGAGCGGGCUACGACACGCCUUCGGCGGAGAAUUUCCUGGCUCUGGCCUGGUUUAUGCUAAAAUCGGUCUUGAGCGUCCCGGCGCACUUCGUGAGGAGAGCGGUGUUCACGUACAUACGGGACGACAGCGAAGAUGUCGAAGAACUCCAGGAUUCCAUGAGUGCUCUGCUCGGAGACGUCCUAUUCGAGUGUCCCGCCGAUCUGUAUUCCACUUUCAUGGACAAUCAGGGAGUCAAAGUUUAUCGCUACAUGUGGGCUCACCGCCCAUCGACAAGUGCCUGGCCGGAAUAUAUCGGGCCGACACACUACGACGACAUCGGAUUCACCAUGGGCAGCCAGCUCCACAUAAAGGACCGCGCUGAAACGUCUGGACAGGCAAGUCACGGCUUCCUGGAUUGUUUCUCGCGGGGCAUCACGGAAGCCGAAGAGUCCUUACUCCGGGAGUCCUUGAGCAUGAUCGGCAACUUCCUACGAACAGGGUCGCCGUCGAUCCCGUUCUCACCCUUAUAUCCAUGGCCACAAUACCAGGAAGACGGACGGGACACUAUCAGAAUAAAUCUCCUGAACUCGACUCUGAUGCACGGUCCGAAGAGCCAUCAUUGCCAAGUGUGGAAAUCCUUCCUUUCCAAUUCGUAG